AUGUCGAAAGAUCUGACAAAACUGUUUUUUCAUGAUGAAGACAAAGAUGAUAUUGAUGGGUUUCUGUUUGAUUAUGAGAGAUAUGCCAAGUCAAAAAGCUGGGAUGAGGAGACCCAGUCCGUGGGUUCGAAAACUAAUAAGGACAAAGACACAGUGUUGAAAAAUAUCAAACAAGUAGAGAAAGAGACAGUUCAGGGUUAUGCAAGUAGAUUUGAAGCAUACAUGGAUUCAUUGAACAAUACUGUAAGGAAUUAUGAGAAAUGUGAUUGGUUUUUGAACAGUUUACUAGAGGCAUAUCGAUCGAAAGUCGAAGCCUUUUGUCCGAGUAAUUACGCAAAGGCCAAGGAUUGUACUCUUCAAAUAGAAAGUUUUCAGAAGAAUAGGGAAUUCAAUUAUAAAAGAAGAGCUCUAACGAUGGGUGAAGAGAAGCCCUCGGUGAAUGCGGAUAUUGAUAAUAUGACAGCGGUGUUUGAAGCUCUGACGAUUAAUCAGGUAAAACAAGAAACGAGUGAUGAAAGAAGGAUCGAUAGGAUCGAGUCGGAUAUAAGCGAGAUAGUAAAGACAGUUAGACAACUUGCAGAAAACCAUAUGGACCAGAUCGUGCUAACCAUGAGAACCCCGGGAGUAAUAAACUCCGAGCGAAGUGAAGAACCAAAGGAUGUAAAGGAUAAUCCU